ACUUCUAAAGCAAAUAUUAGCUCAGAUGUGUGACAUUUACCUCAGAGCUGUAGCUCAGAGGGACAGGCUGACAGGACAAACACAGCUGGCUGGUUUGGAGAAAGGUAUCAGGACAGACAUGAAGCUCAUCAGCGGUCCUGCAUUUGUCCGAAGAUGCUCCACCUUUCCCGCAGGGAGUCCUCCAUGAUGAUCUGCCUGCAGGUGCUGCCUUCUUACCUGCUGGCGGGGCAGGGCAUGGUGACGGCCGGCAUGCUGCUGGACCGGGUGCAGCACUGGGAGGUGUUCAGGGAGAUCUCGGAGGUGUUCAUCAUGGUGCCGGCUUUGGUUGGGCUGAAGGGCAACCUGGAAAUGACGCUGGCGUCCAGACUGUCUACAGCCGCCAACACGGGGCAGAUGGACGAGCGGAGGCAGCGGCGCAGGAUGGUGCUCUGUAAUCUGGCUCUCAUUCAGGUUCAGGCCACAGUGGUGGGAUUCUUGGCAGCGAUUGCAGCCGUGGUUCUUGGGAGUCUCACUAAAGGAGGAGUGAAUGUCAUGCAGGCAGCAGUCCUGUGUGCCAGCAGUGUCACCACAGCUUUCAUCGCCACGCUCUCUUUGGGUUUGAUCACGGCGGCGGUCAUCAUCGGCUCUAGGAAGAUGGGCAUCAACCCCGAUAAUGUGGCCACGCCCAUCGCUGCCAGCCUCGGAGACCUCUUCACCCUCUCUGUUCUUGCUGGAGUCAGCAGCCUCUUCUUCACUUACAAAGAUGUGUGGUACCUCACCUCGGUGGUCUGCAUCUUUUUCCUGCUUCUCAUCCCAGUGUGGGUCGGCAUGGCGAGUCACUCCCCGCCCAUCAGGGAAGUCCUAAAAUCAGGCUGGCAGCCGGUCAUUGUAGCCAUGUUUAUCAGCAGCAUCGGUGGUCUCAUUCUGAACAAAACUGUGACUGAUCCAGACUUUGAAGGCAUGGCCAUGUUCACUACAGUCAUUAACGGCGUCGGGGGAAAUCUCGUGGCUAUUCAAGCAAGCCGGAUGUCGACUUCCCUCCAUUCCUGCAGCGUUCCCGGACAUCUGCAGUUCAGAAUGACUUCUGGACCCUGUGUUACCUUCUGCUCUGCAGAUGUCAACUCCAGAUCAGCCAGAAUCCUGGCCUUCCUCGCCGUGCCGGGUCACCUCGUCUUCCUGUACACCGUGCACCUCCUGCAGGGAGGCCACGUUGCCAUGACGCCCACCUUCAUCCUCUGCUACCUGUCUGCUGCUUUUCUCCAGGUGCUGGUUCUGCUCAUCACAGCUCGCUGCAUGGUGGGCUGGCUGUGGAGAAGAGGACUGGAUCCAGACAAUUACUCCAUCCCGUACCUCACAGCUCUGGGAGACCUGCUGGGGACCGGCUUAUUGGCUCUCAGCUUCAGAUUGGUUCUGAUGAUAAACUCCACCGGAUCCAAAACUGCAGUCUGACACUUUGUAUUUGGUCUGGACUCUCUGAAUGUUCUGUUCUGACUGUGGAGAACUGUGGCUUUUGCUGUAAGUUGAGAAGGCAGACACAUCUUUGCAUUUGGUCGGAAAUUCUAAGGAAAAUAAUGUGGAAGAAAUGGUACGUAGAGGAAUCAGCAGAAUGAAUAUAUUUUGAUGAUAUAAUGAAUGGAUGAAAUGAAUGAAAACGUUUAUGUCUGUUAAAACAUCUUUGCUCUGGUGUGUCUCAUCUCCUACAACCUUGUUUUGUGGAAAAAGCAACACUUGUAGCUUAAAAGACACAAUUCAGAGUGGAUAUUUUUGUAACCAGUUCCUUUGUUGGUGUUUAUGUUAUGUCAGACUGUUUCAGUGUUGUUUUUGUAUUAGAAAAUUGAGUUUUUAAGACAUUUUCUGUAGCCUUCUUCUAAUGGAGAACAUAUGAAGAAAACUAAACAUAAAAUUACACAUCUGAGUAUUUCUUUAUUCAAAUUGUUGUGAAUCAGGAGCAGACAGAUAAUGUCGUUUACAUAAGAUCCUAUUUGUGAUGUUGAAAAUACACUUGAGCGAGCUUCUUGCUACAUGCCCACAACCAAGGCAUACAUUUAUAAUGAACUCCUGCCGCUCUGUAGAAACUAUGUCCUAGAAAACAGAUUUUUUUAUUUUUAUUAUUUUGGCUAAAAAUGACAUAAUCAUAAUUAAAACCACUGGGGAUGCUUUUGUGAAAUACGACUGAUCUGAAGCGAAAAUUUCCCAGAAGUCUCUGCAAAAAGCCAAUGUGGAUCAAUGGAUCAAGAUUAGUGACUUUAGACCACAAUCCAUUGGGUUUAAACAAUUUGUCAUUUGGGAAAAAUGCAUUUAAAUGUAGUACUUAUAAAUCAUCCAAGUUUUCUUCAUCAGAAAACAGUGGAUUUAUAAAUAGUCUUUGUACAAUGUACAGAUAUAUAUUAGGAUUUUUCUUGGGCUGGCAUGGAUGACACGUUUGUCGUUAAAAAAUAAAUAAAUAAAUAAAUGCGGUGUCCAAGUUGCAUUAAACCCAGAGCACUAAAUAGUCCUGUAGUCUUUGAGGGGUUAGAGGGAGAAUUCAGAACUAGACAGUUUUUGAAAUUCCUACAUUUCUUUAGGGACAACACGGUAAGAGAAAAAUCUCUAUUUGCUCCGUUUUAAAUAAAUGCUAAAUGUAGACUUCUGGACUUCUCUCUGUGACAAAUAAUUGUUUCAAAGCAAUACUACAUAUAUACUGUUUUCUUUUUUAAGGUUUUUCCACAUUAAGAUAUUGAUGCAUGCAUACAUUUGAAGCUGAUGUAAAUGAACAUUUUUGUUACUGGAGAAUGGAGCGAGUUUUCAGUUUGUUUAAAAUAAAUUCAUAAUUUCCAGGGGCUGGUGGUUUAAAGACUCAAAAUGCAGGAGACUGAGCUUGGUGUCAGAAACUUAAAUCAUGCAGAAACGAACAAAAAGUGACCAAAAAAAAAAA